AUGAUGGGGUAUAACAACCAAGGGCACGGUUACAACAAGUUGUUUACACAGGGCUCAGCGGAUUCGAACUACUCCCAGCCAUCGUCGGAGCUGUCGAUUGACGACGACAAGGAGGCGCUGCGCCGCGAGAAGGAAGCGCAAGCACUCUCACAGCUGGACAAAGCGAGGUCGAAGCCAGUGGCGUUUGCAGUCCGCACCAACGUAGCUUACGAUGGAACGGUCGACGACGACUCGCCCGUACACGGCAGCGCCAUCUCAUUCGAAGUGCGCGACUUUCUCCACAUCAAGGAGAAGUACGACAACAACUGGUGGAUCGGGCGGCUCGUGAAAGAGGGCGCAGACAUCGGGUUCAUACCUUCGCCGGUGAAGUUGGAGGCGGUGCGGACGGGGAUGGGCGUGCGGCGCGCGCGCCCCCCCUCCACCGCGCCGCUCGCUUCUCACGCAGCGCACGCGCCCGCGCCGCCGCUCUCCAGAGGUAGCACCCCCCCCACGCCCGGGGAAGAAUCAGACGGAGCAGGUAGAGGCCGCGGGGCAGGCAUGGCAGGGGGCAAAGAAAAACGCAAGCCUUUCUUCAAAAAGCCAGAAAACUAUAGUCCUUAUGACGUGGUCCCUUCAAUGCGCCCUGUAGUACUAGUGGGGCCCAGCCUUAAAGGAUACGAGGUCACAGAUAUGAUGCAGAAGGCGCUGUUUGAUUUUCUCAAAAGACGGUUUGAAGGAAGGAUCAUCAUCACCAGAGUCACGGCCGACAUUUCAUUGGCCAAACGAAACCAAAACCCGCCAAAGAAACCGUUCGUUGAGAGGGCUGGUAACAGGAACUGUAUAGCUGAGGUCCAGGCUGAAAUUGAGAGGAUAUUCGAGUUGGCGCGAACUCUUCAGCUGGUUGUGUUAGACUGCGACACGAUCAAUCACCCCUCGCAACUUGCUAAGACUUCACUCGCACCUACUAUAGUAUAUCUCAAGAUAUCCAGUCCUAAGGUAUUACAACGACUGAUUAAAUCCCGGGGCAAGGGCCAGAGUAAAAAUUUAUCAGUUCAGAUGGUGGCCGCAGAAAAACUAUCGCAGUGUCCGUUAGAUAUGUUUGAUGUCGUACUUGAUGAAAAUCAGUUAGAAGAGGCAUGUGAACACAUUGCUGAAUAUUUAGAGUCGUACUGGCGCGCCACGCACCCCACGCAGCAGGCCGACGCUCCCCUGGCGCGCCCCCUGCCGCACGCGCACCCCGCGCACGCGCACGCGCAGCCCGAUGUUGUAGCCCCUCACGACUACGGAACGUCAGUCACGACACUGACAAACCCUGUUCGUUUCAGUACAAGCGAAGGGGCAGGCCUACUAACAGCCGAGCCGAAGAUUAAAUUCCAGGUGUUUGUUGUCAGGCGCUCCAGCAUCCGUCCAGGCGGCAGGUCCCGCGCGGCACGACCGGAGCGGUUGGAGGAGGAGGAGUAUUAUUCGCGCGGCGGGGAGCGUUACACGCGCUACCCUCGCGAGUACAGCGACUACGCGCACGAGUACCCGUCGCACGCGCACGCGCACAGCGGCGGCGCCAUCGGGGGAGGCGCCGCGCACGCCGACGCCUACGAGCGCUCGUACGGACACGACUACACCCGCGACUCGUACUCGCGGGACGAAUAUGGGAGGGAAUACGCUCGAGAUGACCGUGACCGUCGACGUGAUCGCGACCCUCCCGAUGACUACGGGCCGUCUCGCCGCGCCCUUAACGCUGUGUAG